AUGUCGAAUUUACCGGCUAUUUGGAAAGAAUUUAUGAAGCCUUUAAAAUUAAUGGAAACUCAGAUGAAAGCAGCAGAAGAAUUUUUUCGACCAAAAGUGUUAGAACUCAUGGACCUAGAUAAAAAUGAAAUUACUCAUGGAAAGGACAAGGUAGAAAUGAAGAUGCGAAUGCCGGAAUUUAAACCAGAAGAAAUUGUAGUUAAAACAGUUAAUGGAAAUUCGAUCGAAGUGGAAGCGAAACAAGUACAAACAAGUGAUGAUAAAAAUAGACAUACAACUGCUAAAUACAUCAGAAGGAGAUUCAUUCUACCAUUUGGGACAGACAUUAAAAAUGUUUCCUCUACAUUGUCAAGCGACGGUACAUUAACCAUAACUGCUCCAAGAAAAAUGGAAGAUAUUAAUGAGAAAUUGAUUCCGAUCGUUGUUGAAAAACGUAAAGACAGCCUCGUAAAAUUGAAAAGUGGGGAAAAUAAUUAG